AUGCCCGAGCUCGCGUAUACCCCCAUUGACGAAAUUGAAGAGAUUCAUGCGGAGCUUCGUGCAGGUUUCCGCUCGGGAAAGCUCAGGCCGAUAGAGUACCGCAAGUACCAACUUCUCCAGCUUAUAUAUCUUGUCAAGGACAACGCGGACCGUUUCGAGGAGGCGCUCAAGUUGGAUUUGGGUAAACCACCUCUUGAGAGCCGGUUCCUGGAGAUUAAUGCUGUAAUCAGCGAAGCCUACGUGGCCUACAAAGGUGUAGACACAUGGGCGAAACCGGAGAAGCCACCGUUCAGCUUGACUUUUGCUCCUAUGAGGCCUGUCGUGUACAAGACGCCCAAGGGCGUCGUGCUUAUCAUCAGCCCAUUCAACUAUCCUCUGUGGUUGGUUGUUAUCCCUUUGGCAGGAGCGCUGGCGGCGGGGAACGCGGUUCUACUUAAGCUAUCAGAGUCAAGUCCGGCAACGAGCGCUCUCCUUGCAGAACUCGUACCCAAGUACUUGGACCCGAGUCUUGUGAGAGUUGUCAACGGUGCUGUUCCAGAGACGACUAAGAUCCUUGAAUUGCCUUGGGAUCACAUCCUUUAUACUGGUGGAGGACGCGUCGGACGCAUCGUCGCCGCUGCUGCCGCCAAGCAUCUUACCCCCGUCACCCUCGAACUAGGUGGUAAAUCCCCCGUCAUCAUCGACCCGAAAUGUGACUUGAAAACAGCGGCGAAACGUAUCUUAUGGGGAAAGGUUGUCAACUCAGGUCAAACCUGUGCCGCUCCAGAUUACGUCCUCGUCCCACGAGCGUUCCAAGAUACCUUUGUUCAGGCUUUGAAGGAAACAUACAAAUCUUUCUACCCCGAGUCUGCCAAGGCCCCUGGGGUGUUUUCACGCAUUGUGACGCCGCAAGCCUUCAACAGAGUGAAAUCCCUCUUGGACAACACCAAGGGUGAGAUUGUGUUUGGAGGCGAGACGGAUGCGGAGACCAAGUUCAUUGCGCCUACUGUUAUCAAGAACGUUUCUGCGGACGAUUCUCUUAUGAGUGAAGAAAUCUUUGGGCCAUUGUUGCCAAUCAUCCCUGUGGAGGAUGUGGACGAGGCCAUCAGUUUUGUGAAUGAGCGUGACCACCCACUCGUGUUAUACGUCUUCUCUCAAGAUGCCGCAUUCAAGGCCAAGGUUUUCCAGAAUACGCAGAGUGGUGCAUGCGUUGCCAACGAGACUCUCAUUUACCUUGGUGCUGAUGGGCUACCUGUCGGCGGUAUUGGCGCGAGUGGAACAGGCGCACACAGGGGAAAGUUUGGCUUUGACACAUUCACACAUCAUAGGGCAUCGCUAGACUCACCCAGCUGGCUGACUUUAUUCUGGUUCAGGAUUGAUACCCUUCUCAAGUUCCGAUACCCCCCUUAUAACGUCAGCUGUCCUUCUGUCUUUCCUGUUUGCUAA